GACUGACUUCUAACUCAGCAAGAAUAAUUCAUUCAUGAGAAGUUGAAGGACUUUUGCAUCCAAUUCUUGGGCAAGUGGAAGAAUAGUUCAUUGACGUCCGAAAAUGGACCGAAGGAAUCAGCCUUUGUCUUGGUUCUUACUGAAUGACAAUCAGCCAAACCCUCCACAGGACACGGAUACCGCUGAUGAACACGGUGCUGUGGGUGAUGAGAAUGUGGAGCGGGGUAACUGGUCUUCGAAGACUGAUUACCUGCUCUCAAUGAUUGGUAAUGCAGUGGGUUUUGGGAAUGUUUGGAGAUUUCCUUACCUGACUUACAAAAACGGAGGAGGUGCAUUCCUUAUUCCUUACUCUGUCAUGCUGGCUCUUGUUGGGAUACCAUUGUUUUUCUUGGAGUGUUCCUUUGGUCAGUUUGCCAGCCUCGGGCCUGUUGCAGUGUGGAGGGCUGUGCCUAUGUUACAAGGUGUGGGGAUUGCUAUGAUGCUUCUGAUUACAAUAUCCAACAUUUCGUACAACUGCAUCGUUGGCUACAGUCUGUACUACCUGUUUGCUUCCUUCCAAUCACCCCUGCCAUGGGCAGACUGCUUCAGUUGGUGGGGAGCAGAUGAAACAUGCAGCAGGACUCCCAAAGGUACAGUGCUCACUUCUACUGGGGAGAGUGUACACACCGACUGUUCAUUGUUCAUUCUGUCAGUCUGAGUGAGGGAGAGAGAUGGACAAUAGUUUCAGUGACCAUCCUCAUUGUGACCAUACAGCAGAAAGACUCGGAUAGAAAGCAGCAGCAAGAAUCAUGGCUCUGAGUCACUGGAGUAGCAGGACAGUCAGUCA